AGUGUGGUGCCUGGGCUCCUUCUGGGUAGAGGGCUGCUCUUCCUGAACCUCCGGAGGUGGGGAACCACAUCCUGCCUGCACCCGCCCGCCCACUCUGCCGCCCCUUCUGCUUGUGCAGGGCUGCCUUCCUUGCCAUCCACCAGGCCCUGCAGCUUCCCAGGGCCCCGACCGCUUGGUCAGCUGUGCCCUCUCCUCAGGGGACAAUCGCUUGACCCUGAGGCGCAGGCAGCUGAGGUCCUUGGCCAGGGGUGUGUGCGCCCUGCUUGUCCUAGCGCAGGUGGCCCUCCCGCCUCGCUCUCUCCCUCCCCCUCUUGGUGCAGAAGCAAAGUUCCUGUCUCUCAGGGCGGUCCUUCACUUAGCUGCCCAAAACCUAUCUGAAGAAGUACAGUGUUUCAAUAUAAUUUUGGCCAAUAAUGACACCCCCCAGCCCUGUCGCUGCUUCCUGUCUCAGUUGUCACCUUGGUCCCCACCACAAUACUGCCGACAUGGCCUGGCCGCUGCUGCUCCUGUUCAUCGCGGUCUAUCCAGCGUCCUGCGCGCUCUGGGUGUCGCAGGCCCCUGAGGUCCACGCCCAGGAGGGCGCCGCGGCGCUCCUGCCCUGCUCCUUCAACGCCAGCCGCGGCGCGCCGGCCAUCGGCUUCGUCACGUGGUACCGGGACAAGGUGGCCCCGGGCCACGAGGUGAGGAACGAGACGGCUGCGUUCCGGGGCCGCCUGGCGCCCCUGGCUUCGUCCCGCUUCCUCCACCAGCACCAGGCCGAGCUGCGGAUCCGCGCGGCGCGCGCCGCGGACGCCGGCGUGUACGUGUGCAGGGUGGAGGUGCUGGGCCUGGGCGUCGCCACCGGGGGCGGCACCCGGCUGCGGGUGGGGGCGCCCGUCUGA